AUGAUCAGCCGCAAGUCAUUCUCCAGAGCCUCUUCCAACAGCUCUUCUGAGAGCUGGUCCGAUUUCAACCAAAAGUACGGAAAGGAUGGAAGCCAAACGCGUCUGUUGCAGUCUCUCGGUGAGAGCUUUUGCAUCCCACGUCAAGAUCGCCGAAGCGAUUCCUUGAAGUCAUCCAGUCAUCAUCGGCUCUCUGAUCGGUCCCUUUCGACAAGUCCUGUCAGAAGCAAGAUCCAUCGACCGGGAAAGCGCGGAAGCACCAUGUUGAUGAGAAGCAAGAGUCAAGGCAACAUCAAAGUCGGCGUCCCUUCGCACCGAAGCUCUGUUACCGCUCAUGCCGCAUGA